GCCGUUCGUCGCCCCACUCUUGUGCGCAGGGGUUUGUGGGUGCCGGGCAGUUACUCUUCUGGCUUUCUGUCCGCUUCGCGGUUCGCUUCUCGAGUAGUCACCGCGGGGAACUGCUCGCUGCUCUUUCGACGCGGCCGCUCGGCUUUCGGUCUUUUCCCUUCGGUGCAAGGCCCGCUCGCGUGCCAUUGUGAUGAGAAGUUCUUCUGGCAUUCUGUGCCCCGAUUCUCUGUUCUUCGCAGCUGGUUCUCGUGUGACUCUCAUCUCAUGUAAAUAUAUAGAGACGGAGUGUUCCUAUCGGCGCAUGAUGCGACAACUCGGCGCGACGAGUGCAAACGUAGAGUGUAAAUCAGAGUCAAUCUUUCGCAAUCUUCUCUUCUGCAUCGGUCGUCGCUGCGAUGCGCUGACGCUGAGUACAUGGCUUUUUAAUGACCUGAUAGAGAGAGAGAGAGAUCAUGACCUCGUCAGCAGUCACACUUUCCUGCUGCAGUUCAAACAUUCUCCUCCCGCAUCAUCCCACCCCUGCUUCACCUCUCUUUAUUGUUAGACACCCAUAGCGCUUUUGUAGUGAACAUUGUUGACGCAGAUAGAACGACUAUGUGAUCUUCUGGACAUACGCGCCACGAAGUAAAGCCAGUAUUACAAAUAUUAACCUCAGGCCGUUAUAGCUACAAUGCAUAAGUGUGCUAGAAGUCGUCUCUGUAUGUACUCAUUGCACCUUGAGCUCUUUAGCGAUGGACAUGGAGUAGACUUCAAAUUUAACCGAACGCCUUCAUCGAAGUAAGCUCCACAGCAACAAUUCUACCUCGGCUCGGGGCCACGUCGAACUUUUCAUCUACUGUUCACUAAUAAAAACUGUUGUAGGGAUAGGUACUACUACUCACUCAUCACUGUUGGUGUUGUAAGUACUGAACUACACUACGAAAAUUCAUUGUUGAAGGCAAAAACUAAGAACCGAUAGAGGAAAAUGCCUCCAAAGCCGGCAAGCGGAUUGAAAGACGCCCGCGGCGGCAUAACGACAACGGUUGAGGUGGAGACAUGGAAGCAGAGACUGAAAAGUGAGAAUCGAGUGACCCACGAUGCUCUGGGCCGGGACAUAAAGGCGGCAGGCGAUUUGAACCGGAAGAACGACAUUCUCUACUACUACAAGGGCAAAGAUACACCGACACGUCCCUUUCUCCAAUUCUCGAUUGACAAGGUACUUACAGCACUUUUAUUCCGAAGUUCCAAAGCCAUGUCAAAUGCGGCUGUAUCACGUCCCUCAGUCACUUUCAAUCUCACAUCUAGUACUUCCUUGUUCUUAUUUAUCUGCAUAAGAACAAAAGUAGCAUCUUCUCGUUGCAGAUGACAACUUCUACAUUGAAUAUUUUCUAGCUCAAGUCGGACGCUGGCUACGAUGUGAAAGCGAAAGAGGAUACCAUGUAUCCCGAAUACACGCGCCACAAGGAAGGUUUCAAGAGCGCACGGCCUAUCCGAACGAGUCAGGCCUAUGGAUGGUAUGCGCCACUGGACAUGCCAAAGUAUGGCUUCAACCGCACGAAUGGCCUCGAUUCAUUCAUGGACAAUUCCCAUCUGUAAGAGCGGGUUUCUGGUGUUUUUGUUACGAGUGUAUGUUGUUGUGGUUACGCGAGGUAGAUGAACAUAUUCGAAAUUAUAUGACAAAUUCUUGACGACCGCUCCUAGAAGAACUUGGAAUGGACAAGGUUUCGUGAAAUUAGAACUCACUGUAUAUUCUUGUGAAAAAAGAAAACGUAUGUUGAAGUUGAACUGGACCUCCGUGGUAGCAAGGGAUUUCCUCGUUAACUGAAUCUAUCGAUAUUGAUGGUUUAUCCUUAUUCUCAACAUUCCAAGCAAAAGCUAACCAUCUACUUGGCACAAAAUUGAUUAAGUCUGCUGUCUGCAAAAUUCAAGACGCUGCGUUAUAAAAAAGGUUUGCAUUAUCGUAGUGCAUGAUAGAAAAACGAAGAUCAUGUCUUCUUAAUUCUAUCCGCGGCAUGCACCAAAAUUUGUGAAUAAUGUAUUUAUUACCCGAACCGCUUCAAGGAUUGGGAAUGGGAUUCUAACAAAAAUGCAAAAGCUUGUUCACUGAUACGAACAAACCUGAGCUUUUCCUUCAUCAAGAAUUUGUCUCUAUCCUCAUCCUCCCGAUGAUUCGAUACUGAGCAUUCCCUGGACGCUGCUUUCGGUAAUGAAGAUAUUCGUACCUCCUGAUAAAUCACAUCAUCCAUCCCUACGAGAUCAGAUCGAGCUCUUCC